GAGAACCUGGCGUUGCUAGUAAUGCUGAGAAGCAGCUGCAGCAGAAGCCUGAUACUGAUGCUGUGUGCCUCCAUUCAUCUUUAGUAGAAGAUACGAAGGAUAAGAACAAGGAGGACUCUCUGGAACAACCUUCCUGCGCACUAGAAGUCGACGUGCCCCCACCUCGCAGCAAGCGUCUUUACAGAUUGAAGGACAAUAUUUCUGCCGAAGAUGGCGCUACGCUUCCCUGCGACGCGAGGAUAGUGUACGAUGACGCUGAUGUCUGUGUCCUAUUCAAACCACGGGGUGUCGAAACCACGAAGUUCAAACACUGGGAGGACCUGAUGCUUGUGGGUCGACCCUGGUUGUGGACGAAGGAGAUACCUGGUGAUUCUGUGGACGGACAGGAGGAAAAGGAAGGGCAAGAAGAGCAAGGUGAUGCUCAAAACAGGGCGAAGAAGAACCUCAAAAAUCCUUCACCGCAAAGCUCCCCACCUCUGGGUCCACAUUUCUAUAUCCCGCCUAAGAAUAUGCCUUUUUCGUUACCAGAACAAAGUCGAGGGUCAACGUGGGAGGUGGAAGACAGAUGUGAUAAAGUAGCUGCAGCGAAUGUCGAUGCGAAGAGAAGAUUUGACUUGCAGCCCCUGUCAGCUCCGGAACCGGUGCAUAGACUUGACAAAGACACAGGAGGCUUAGUGAU